AUGCGCGUCUGCAAAGUGGCGCGGCACUCCGAAGCCUUGGCGGUGACCUUCAUGGUCUUCCUGAAGGUCUCUCAAUCUGGCCUGGCCGUGGUGCUGAUGCUGAUGGGCUUCGCAACGGCCGGGUUCAGGGAAGGAAUGGAGGGGAACUACAAGAGCAACAAGUGGAAAGAGACCAACGUAACGGUUUCAAAAACGGCCACGACCUCAAUACUAUCAGCAUGA